AAAAUAUGGAAAUGUCAAUAAGUUGUCAUUCUCACCUGGGUUGUUUCGAUCUGGAAGUGCUGUGAAUUUUUUAUAUUUUUCGACUGAUAUAACGUUGCAAUUGCUUUUGCAAUUCUUAAUUCACUCAUAAACAUAUCUAGACAAUUCACAAAAUAGGUUCGAAAUGUCGGUGAUGGAAUUCCUAAAAGACCUACCGUCCUACGACGAGCAUAACUUUACGCUAUUCAAUACGGACCACGGUAUUAGAAACUGUUCAAAGAGGCCUUCAAUAUACCUACCUACAAAAGAUAUACCUUCUGAACAAAUAAUUGUAACAGAAAAAACAAACAUAUUAUUAAGAUAUCUACAUCAGCAAUGGGAGAAAAAGAACAACAACACGUCUCCAAAGAAAAGGGAUCAAAGUAACAUUGAACAAAAUGGUGACGAGAGGACCGCGCGCAAGAGACCACGGCUAAAUUCUCCGCUAAACUGAAACUGUUAUGGAACUGUAGUUUACUAUUUGUGUUUUCCACACGCCACUCUUAAAGUGUAUGCCCAUUUUGUAUACAUAUUUUUAUAUCACAAUAUUAGGUCAAAUUAUACUUUGAUACUCAAAACACAUUGGUUUUUUGUAUUUUGGGAAACAGUGCCAUUAGUACAAAAUAUAUUGUAUGACUUUGCUUUUAUAAAAUAAUUAGUAUUAAAAUAUAUGUGUUGCGGUUUAUGAACAAUUACAAAAUGAUUUCUAUUCAUUCCUCAUUGAUUGUGGUGUUUAAUAGUUCUAGAACAAGUUAUGCAACUAGAAAACCACUCAAGUGUUCAAUUACUUCAGCAGUAUCAACUUUUAUUGACAUAGAGUUUCUAUGCUAGUACAAUAUUUGCCUAUAAUAAAUAUUUGACAUUGCAAAUUAUCAAAUGUUGACACAAUUUUAACUUCCAGUUAUUCCAGAUUCAGAGCUCAAAAUUGUCUUUUUAGUUUAAAUAGAACAUUAAGCCGAAAUUAGUUUAGCACUAAAUAAUUUUGUCAAUUUCUUGUAAUGUUAGUGUUGCUAGUUGACUAAUUUAAGUUAAAUUUACGGACAGUACUGAAUUAUAUUGUAAUACAGACUCCACAUUACCUGCUUUAUCUGUUAAUCUCACUGAUUACAUACUGGAAUAUAUUUAAUAUAAAA